AUGGCAGAGCAAAUGCCGCGCAGUGGUUCAAGUCGUCAACAUCGAUCAGACAAAGGAAUGAUACAAUCACCAGAUGGAUGGAGUACCGUUGGUGGAAGUUGGAAUAAAGAAAAAGUUGGUGAUCUUACUAAAUUUGGAUCAGUUAACCGUAGUAAAAUCGUCAGUUUAGCAUCGGGAGGCAUAUUAGGAAGCUUAUCAGGAGGGGCUAAAGGUUGGAACAAGAGUGAUAAUAAAGAUCGGGAUGAUAAACCUAUGAGCUUUAGUAGGAUGAAUUCAACAACGAAUAUAUAUAGCGUAAUAAAUUCAGAGAGCUCGGGGGGAAGAAAGAGCUCUGAAUCAAUUUCUUUAGACGCUCAAAAACCCUCCUCACCAACGGCGCGUAAAAAAUUAAUUUUAGCCCCACGCACAAAGAGUUUCACACCUGAAGAGCCUGUAAAUUUGGCAUUUAAAUCUACUUUCAGGAUGGCAUCAUCAGCACAAACAAAAGAAGAAUUAGUUACAAAGAAAAUCUGUAACAGUAUUAACAAUAUGGUGGAAGAAUUCUUCUCAAUAUGGGAGAGUCAAGUACGUGCAAUUAAUAUAGAGGAUAUCCCAGUAAAAUACCAUCCAAAAGCAAUAGAAACAUUCGUAAACAAAGUAAUCGAGAAAAAGCAGAGAGAUGUGGACAAUGUUAUGAAAUUGUUCAAAGAAAUUGUAUCCUCCAGAACUUGUGAUACUGAUAUUUUUAAAGCUGGGUUUACAGCUACUUUUGAAUUCUUGGAGGAUAUUGGCGCAGAUGCUCCAAUGGCUUAUUCUUUUACAGGGCAAUUAUUAUCUAGCACCGGACUUGAUUUGCGGGACAUUACAAAACUUCUUAAACAUUUUGAUGAUGACAAUACAGUUGUAAAAAUUUUGAAGGGAUAUGCGAAUGCUUUAAAAAAUGAUGUGGUAUGUUAA